CCUCAGCCUGGGGCGGGACGGGGAGGGGCGGCGGGAAGGCGGGGUGGCGAGGCGGUAUGGCGCUGCCGGUGCUGUCGAGUUCGGGGGUGAAGUUUCGGCGGGUCCUGGCGCAUUUCCCUCAAGAGCUCAGCCUGGCGUUCGCCUAUGGCUCCGGCGUCUUCCGGCAGGAGGGGGCCUCGGCCGGGCACGGCGAGAACAAUAUGCUGGACUUUGUGUUUGCGGUUGAUGAUUCUGUGACCUGGCACAUGAUGAACUUGUUAAAGAACAGGAGUCAUUAUUCUUUCCUAAAAAUUUUUGGACCAAAACAGAUAAGUAACAUACAGAGCUAUGGAGCAGGGAUUUACUACAAUACUUUAGUGCCGUGCAAUGGUAGGAUGAUAAAAUAUGGUGUAAUUAGCACUGAUACCCUGAUUGAUGAUUUACUUCACUGGAAAACCCUCUAUGUUGCUGGACGCCUACAAAAACCGGUGAAAAUCCUGACACAGAAUGAGAAUGGCAAGCUGCAAGCUGCCCUUGUUAGCAAUCUGAAGAGUGCAGUCACAGCAGCCUUUCUCAUGUUACCAGAAAGUUUCUCUGAAGAAGACCUCUAUAUGCAGAUUGCAGGACUCUCCUAUUCUGGUGAUUUCAGAAUGAUAAUAGGAGAAGACAGAUCGAAAGUGCAGAACAUAGUGAAACCUAAUGUUCCCUAUUUUCAGAAGUUGUACAGUAACAUAUUACAGGACUGCCCUCAAGUGGUAUAUAAGCACCAUCUGGGAAGGCUAGAGAUUGAUAAAAGUCCAGAAGGUCAAUUCUCACAACUAAUGGCUUUGCCAAGGAGUCUGCAGCAGAAGAUAACUUCUCUGGUGGACCCUCCUGGAAAAAACAGAGAUGUGGAAGAAAUUUUACUGCAAGUUGCCCAUGACCCUGAUUGUGGAUUAGUGGUGCAUCAAGGCAUCUCAGGCAUUGUGAGAUCUUCCAGUAUAGUGCAGAGUGCUAAAACCAUACUAACAGCUGGGGCAAAGAAAUCUGUAACUUACAGUAUGAAGAAAUUGUAUAAAAUGACAAAAGGAUGGUUAAAGAAGACGUCUUGAGUCUUGACACACUAUGUAUGGGUAAAUAAGUGGUACCUUUUCUCCAAAUGUUCUGCAGGUGUUGCCGUGCCCACUUGCGAAGAUGAAAGUCUAUGUAAGAAGCCAGCUCUAAUAACUUUCUUAUCCAUUUUUACUACUGCAGUAGAAUUUUUUUAUUAGAGGGGAAGAUUGGAUGGCAGUAGGGCAAAGAAAUUACCGUGUAAAUACUGAAAUAAAUUUUACUGCAUAUGUGAAUUAGGUUUUCAAAGAAUUUUCAGAAACCUUGAGUAAAAAUGGUGAAUUGUUUAAAAACCAAAGCCAUUUAUUUUGUAUGUAUUGAUAGCUCUAUUUUUGAAAAUAUCACCAAGGGUCUUUCACAAUGUUCUCAAGUUUUAGUUCUCUCAGAGACUUACGGAACUGGAGAGUCCAUAGAGCUUUCAGUAGAUUUAUUUCUGUGCUUGCAAGUUCAUCCUUAGAAUGUUUUUGAUGAUACCAAGUGGGUUUGUCUGCAGGUUAGACAUCAUGAAAAGCAGGAGAAGCUUGCCAAGCAUAAGUUCAUUUUGUAAAGUUUGUAUGUUCUUUCUAAUGAGAUUCCACUGCCUAACUCAUAGCUAAGCAUCGUUGGAGGUGUCAUGGUUGUAAGGAAAGUCAUACUUUUGUUGACCUUCAACGUCUACUUGUAUGUUUAUGAAAUGCUUUUGGCAAAAGAUUUUAUCAAAAUGUUUUAAAAUUGGGAAUUUUAUGGAAAAAAGUAUCUGUUGCUUAAUUCAUUGGCUUUUUUUCUUGAGAAUCAUGUCCAUAAAGAUAAAACUCGUUCACACUUGCUUAAUCAAAUGAGCUGUGAUGAAGAAGUUGGACCAUCACACGAAUUCUUACAUUUGUGAUACCAUUAAAAAAUGGAAAUUUAUGGCAGUGUUCAUGUGAUACAAUAAAUUCGAAGCAUCUGUUGUAAAUGGAAUCCUUCUGGCACUGGUUUAGGUGGGCUUGCUAAUUUUGGAUGUUUUUCAUAAUAGAACUUGUAAGAACACUUUCAUUCUGUUUGUGAAAAUGUCAAUAAUUUAAAAAAAGUAAAAAGUGGAAAUGUAUCUUUCCUUUUUAGCGUGUAUUUUUUUCUUGUGUAUCAUAUGGUUGGUAGGGCCAUUUCUCAAGGUACGCUUGAUUUAAUGAUCUCAUUUUAAAAAACAUUGCAAUGAAAUUGGCUGCAGUUUUCAGGGAACAGUUCAAAGCAUAAAUUUAAAAAAUAUGGAAAGCUGUGCUAUUCUAUUUAAUUCAACUUACUAAGGCUUACAUCAGUCAUGGGGGAACUUUUAAAUAUCGAUUAUCUUAACAUGGCAAAAGUUGAACCUAGAGUCAGGAAGUAAACUCCUCAGAUUUUUUUUUUUUUGAGAAAAAUACUGACAUGGAAUAGUAACUUUCUAAAGUCAUAGGACACUGCUAACAUUUCACUGCUCAUCAGUUGGUAGUAGAUCUAGAAUUUGUAAGACAAAACCCCUCGUGUCCAUUUCCUGAUGUUAGGAGGCUGACUGUCCUUCUGGUGGUGCUCUGUUCUGCAGAAGUGACAGAAAUGCAGAAGAAUGUUGGUAUAUAUGGUACUAGCAUUCUACAUCUCUGUUAAACGGCCGAAGUUCCUGAUUUGGAGAAGGAAAAGAAAAAAGAAGAAACUGAUCUAGGGAAUUUAAACCGCUGCUGAGGUUAAAUUAACCCUGGUUUUUGGUUGGAUUUUUCUUUUGUUUGCAUGAAGACUUCCUUUGUGGAUAUCUAGAAGUGUUUUAUACAAAAUAGGCCGUAUCCAUGUUAAAGUGAAAUUCAUAUGCAGUGAAAACUUGAACUAGUCAUACAGUUUCUUACAUUUCUUACAUAAGAAAUCUGAAAUCAGAUAAUGAUAACUUAUUGAGGUAUAUGUUUGGAAAAUUCUUAAGUACAGAGAAUAUGGAUCCUGGUGGUAGAAAUGCACCCUGACAGAUAGAAGGCUUUUGGACAGAGGAACAGCAUGAGAAAGAAUUCAGAAGGGAGCCAUGACUUUUUGAAUGAGCUAGUUGCCAAGUAAGAAAUGCAGCAUUGUCAAAACUGCCUGAUAUGUUCAUCUAAUGAGGUAACAGCUUUUAUUUUUUGUUCCAAGGGAAGUAUGCAAUAGGGAAAAUUGCAUAUGGGAAGGCCUGUGAGCCAAGACCAGUUUUUUACACCAGCAGUUUGUUUGUAAAUUUUUAAUCUGGUCCUCUGUGUUAUUCAGGGGAAGAGAGCCACCGUGAACUGGAGAUCUUAGCACACAAAACCCACAAAAUUAAAAAUUGCAGUUAAUAGCGUUUAAUAUAUCAACUUCUCACCAUUCAGUGAGGUGACUUAUAGUGAAAUCAUGUUCUUGUGUGUGUGUGAAUUCUCUUCUUGUAGUCAACUUUUGAAAAAUAAUUUCUGAAAGUAGAAAGGUGCGGUUGAAUUUGUUUCUAAAAAUACAGUUGCUAAACAUUAAAUUGCUAGAAAAUUAUUCCAUGUAUUCCACUGAAUACGUGACUAGAUAAUUACGGCUAAAAGCUAAAGUUCUGUCUCAUUUAUCUCCUCUUUGUCUGUAACUGAAGAUGUAAGGGGAAAAAAUCAUCUGUAGUCCACAGGUGAAGCAGAGACUGGCCCAUGGAAUGAAUAAGCAGUAUGGCCCAAUUAAUAAGUUAUCAGAGGCAAAACUAGAUGCCCUUACAUUUUAAGGAGCUCUCUUCCCCUGUAGUGUUGCAGUUACAUGAAGUUUUAGAUCUUGACCCCUACUGGGAAGUAAUAUAAUUGGACAAAACCUUCCUGACGACAUGUGUCUUUAUUUUUAUGCUUUCUUUUUCCUGUGUAAAGGUGAAGAUGGGGCUUUCAAAACUUGGUUAAAUAACAGUACCACGGGAUGCAAAACCACUAGCUCAUAAAUUACUGUUGCUUCGAGCUCUGGUUGAAAGAGACCAUGUGUCAUGAGAUUGCCCAACAUCUGGUUGAGAAUUCUUACAAGCAGAGCAUUUAGUCACAUGCUUGACUUAAAGUGCAUACAUACUUACCUUUGCUUAAAUAAUUAUUUAAUUCCCUUUUGAGACUAUCAGAAAUGUACGGAUUGGGCUUGAAUCUACAGAAGUUUAAAAAUGUAAAAUAAAAUCUGUGUGCUGUAUGAAUAUAGUUGGACAUCCCUGAUCCAUCGGGAGAUGGCUGCGUUAUGAGGGCUGGAUUGUAAUGGAUUGUUCUCUUUGGUGCUUUUUGAAUUUUACUUGUUACCUUGAGUUUGUGGCUGUUUUUUUUAAGUUGAGAAACAUGCUUUAGAGAAUACCUGAACUUCAAGUAGAACAUCCUUUGAGGGCAUCAUGCGUUGUAAGAUGCUCAGUGUUUCUUAAAGACUUAAAUUUCUCAUUUCUGCUGAGUUUGAGGAUGAGCAGCAGCUAAUCUAGAAACUUAAACGAUGAAAUACAGUUGUAACACUGCUGAGGUAUUUAAGAGUACAACAGUUUUCUUGUAAAACCGUUAGCAAUAGAAUUAAAUAUGGAGUUCUGAAUAUUAAAAUAAGAUAAAUUUAGAAGUGUUUUUGGUGUCUCGGAAGGUGCUUGCUACUGAGGUGGUGGUUGAAAAAAGUAAAAAUCAAUUACAAAUCAAUCUAAUGUGUAAGGAUGAAUUGACCUUAGCUCCUGUAGUACAACAGAGGUAUUUUAAUUCUGAACCUUGCUAGCUAAGCAAGGGCAUUUAAUCAAGAAAUAAUGUUCUCUUGAAAAAAAAAAUAAAAUAGGAAUGUUCUGCUUGCUGUUCAGCAGCUAAUUAAACAUUAUAUGCAGCAGAUGUUGUAUAGCAUCAAAUCCUUCCAGCCUUUAAACUGUUUGUCGUGUGCCUGGUGGAUUGGUCUUUCACCGUACAGGUGUUUCUUUACUGCAGGGUUUGCCUGUAAUCUGAACUGGCUGUGUUUAUCUUGCACAGUUGAAAUACCCAUUGCCUAUCUUGAUUUGGCUUUGUGAACUUUCUUUGUGUACAGCAAUAUAAUUGGUCAUUUCAUGCUCUUUAGGGAGAGUCUUGCAAAUCCCAGUUUAAUAGUUCCUAGUUUACUCCAUCUGUUGAUACACUGCCAGUAUUCAACUCUGUGCAGUAAAUCUUUGUGAGACUUGAAGUUCUUCCUCAUCAUCCAUAUAGGCUGAAAUCUUAAACUGUAUUCUGUUCUGUAAAUCAUUUAUCUCUGUGCUUUUUAAAAAGUGGCCUACCUUUCCCCUUGAGGCCAUUGGUCUUGAAUGUAUUUAUUUUUUUGGCAGAGAGCCAUGAAUGAAUCAUAGCCUGGAGCAGCUUACAGUCUGAACUGCUCUCUAUUGUUAAUAUAAAAUACUUCAUGCGGUUGUUACAACGUUAUGCUAUGUAAAACUUUUAAGAGAAGAGAGAUUGAUUUCAGACAUGCUAGUUGCUUUUGAAGUUUCCCAACAGUAUGUGGAAAUGAUUUCUUAUGGUCGUACAGCUGUAAUUCACUAAAAUAACUGGUGAUUGUUGCAUGGGAAGUUAGUACAUGAGAAUGUUACUGACUGUCACAGUGAAGUGUGUUUGUUCUUCUGUGAAAAUAGUUCACGCUGGCUUUUCAUUCCAUUUGUAACUUUCCUGUUUGUACCUUCCUGCUCUAUUUCCAUAUUGCUUUAUUUUUUUUAUUGUUUUUCUUCUUGACUUAAUUCACAAGUCCUUUGUUCUUUUCUUCAGGCACCCCUCUUUUCUGGUUUGGCCAUUCCGCUGUGGAUAUUGUUUCACGCUCCAUCCUCUCUUUCUCUGUGUAACGGUGCUUUUAUUAAAGGCAACCAAGGACAUGAUUUAUUUCUUGAUGUUUAAAAGGAUUCUUUGUACUGAAGAGCCUGGGCCCAAUCAAAGUACUAAGGAUUUCCAUAGGUGAGUCAGCACCAUGAGCCUGGCUGGCUCUGAGUUUGACAGUGCCAGUGAAGUGUAACUUCAUCUCAUGCUUCGGAGGAAAUAGACUACAUGACACAGGAUGAAUGGGGAAUAAAAAUAUGUCUGGAUACAUAAUCCAUAGGUUUUAGUUUCUACUUUUUACAGUCUUUAAUCUUGGUGUUGAGUCCCUUUAUUAACUUGCCUUUAGUUCUGAGCAACCCAUUUGACUAGCAUUACAAUGUUUGGCUGUUCCUAAACUGAUGAGUGCAUAAAACUGUGCCACACAAGGUGCUGACUUCUUCCAUAAGUGAGUGUAAGAUGUGUUCUUAAUCACUUUCUUAUUUCCCCUUUUCCCAAGUGUUUGAAUAGUGAGUUUUGUCCAGGUGGCUGGCUGUAUGACCCUUCAAAUAUUGGCUAUAUUGAAUGUGUGUAACUUUGUUUCAAUUGUAGACACUGUCUUUCUCAUCUGUACUUCAGGAUAAUUUCUCUUUGCAUUUGGUUCAGCUUGCUUGUUGGCUAACCUGACAGAUGGAGUUCAACAGCUGCAAACUUAGCAUAAACAAGGUGCCUCUAGGUAGCGCACAGCUGAACAAGUGUGACUCCUUUCUUUUAGAGACCUGACCUCUGUCAUAUCUCAUAGCUUUCUGAUGUUUGCAACAAACAUCUUUGCUCAACUGGGGAGAUACAGGUGGAUAUGGAGGCCAGUAUUCCCAGAUGGUUUGGGGAGCAGAACCCUAAGGUUGUUUCUUUCUUUCUUUCUUUUUUUUUUAAAUUGAUUGAAGAGAGAGUACUGGAGCCUGUUCUGCCUCGGGAAACUUUAGAACAAACAUAGCACUUGGUGAGUAUCCAGUAGAGGGGGAUCCAACCAGGGUUAUGACUCAUGCCUUUUCCCAGCAAUUAAUUUAAAAAUAGAAUUGAAAAAGAAAUAUGCUUUAAAGGUCAGAAUGUCAGGUCAGUGUGUGUGUCUGAUCGUUUUUAAUGGGUAAGGUGUUUACAGGGGACAAAACAUUCUUCAUUUUCAAGGUCGCUUCUGCUGGCCAUAUAUUGUGAAUGUGUAGACAAUUAAUUGUCUUUGUAUUAUGUACUGCAGGAAGAAGAGACGUUACCUUUGUGUAGCUAUUUUCUGGUAUCUUUUUCAUUUGGGUAGACAGCUGAUCCUUCUCUCUGUUAUGAAACCAAAGUAUCAAGUGACCUCAUUUACCUUUUCUUCUAGAUAAAAAUCUACAGCACAGCUGUUAAGUGAUCCUGGCUGCUUUAGGGAAGAGGCUGUGUUCUAUUCCUGCGUGUUUUAACGUCUUAUUCAGACUUCUUAAAUUAGAAAAGAAAUGAGUGAAGUUUUAGUACGUGAAGGUGGAGCUUCAGACUAUACACUGUUACAUUGCUCAUAAUAAUAUAAACAAAUAUUUCCCUUACAUCUUUUAAGUCUAGCCUAAGAACUCAGUGUCAUUUUUAUGUUCACAAUCCAGUGCUCUGCCACAACCUUUCCAGCAGUGGUGGACAGCUAUUUUGACAGUUAUGCAUAUUUUUUUCUGAGAAAAUGAAGGUCAUGUAGCUGGAAAGACCAACAUUCUGAUAUGCCUGAAACCUCAUGCAAAUGGAAUGGCUAUCGAGAGGAUUCUUCCUGCUUUUAAAUUUGAAUAGAAUUUGGUUCUUAGCAGCUGAAACCAUAAGGGGUUGUCUUUAAAAAUAAAUAAAUAAAUUGUGCAUAACAUUCUGUCUCCUGCUUCCUUCACUUACCUUUUUCCUACGGUCAGGCCUUCUUUGAAAUACGUGAGCCUCAUGUUUGAGAUACCUCCUCUAUUCCAUUAAACUAAGUAAAUAGUUUAGUUAAAUGUGUCAUUUUAGCUUUACUGAAUUAAUUUGUAUUACUUCUCUUACAUUGAGUCUAUAUAGCUCUAUUGAUUUACCUGGUAAAUUUGGAAGGUUGUGUUCCCACAGAGUUGGAUUUUUUUUUAAUCUCUGUAUCCUGCCAAAGUUUCUCCAAACCUCCUAUUUUAAAAUCAGUAGUGAAACAUGAGAAGGAGACAUUCAGUGUUGUGGUGGGUUUUUUUUUUCCUUAAUGUUGCCAUCCUCAAAUUAUCUUGCUCUUAGGAGUGAUGAAAUGUCUGGCUCAGUCACUGUAGAAGACAAGACUGAGAGCCAAGAAGUCAGUAGCUUUGAAUGCCUUGAGAAGUGGUGCAGGAAAGGGGGGAAGAGCCGAUUAAAGAAUCCUCCCAAUGUCUCGUCUCAUGACCCUGUUGGAGUGCUUCAGCACUACAUUCUGAGGCAAGGCUUUUUACAACUGAACUAUUUUCAUACUAAAGUCCUGUUGAUCUCAUUCCUUUAAUUGCCUCGCAAGUCUGGCGUUGAGGUAUAUACAUCCUAGGUGGGGAGGUUCUGCAUGCUCAUGGCUAACUCUUACCCUGAUCCUUGGUUUAAUCAUUUAAAGAAUGCAUCUCCCUUUUUCCCUCUCUAGCUUUCUAGUAAUUUCAGUAGGAAUCUUUCCAAUAGCAAGUUACUUUUGUCUAGUAAUUUGCUGGUAGUGUCUUUGGUUUAGAAGCAAUUCUGUUGACUAAAAAACUUGCAGCUUUGAAAUGUAUGUAAAUUAUGUAGUUGACACUGAGUUAGUACAUAAACUCAAAGUAAUUUUGCAUCUGAUCAUGAAAUGCAACCUGUUCAUUAUUUUAACGAUCCCGGUUAUGCUAAAAUUUGUCAUAUGUGAAAGUUAGAAUAGGAACCUAAUAAGAAGUGAAAUCUAUUAGAUGAGUGUGACUGCUGCGCAAGAAGAGGAGUAGAAUCAAGGAAAAAUGUAUAUAAGUUAUUAUUCUGAAUACUUAAUUACAUCUGUGUAUCUCUAAUCAUACUGCCCUUUCUUUUACACUGAGUUUAUCACUCAGGGUUUUGCAGUGAACCAGUUGUGGCCAUUUUACCAUUGUUAAUGAACUUGAACAAAACUUCUACAGAUUAAAACCAGUGGGUUAAUGCUUUUAAUUUGUUAAUCUGACACUCCUGUUUCUGCUUAGGUAUCUCAUCUUUUUUCAUCUUAUGGGAAUCACCAUAGGGUAGAAUCUUCCUCUUUCCUAGAACAAAGCAAGCAAAAGUACCUGUGGUUAAAUGUUCUGAGACAACAGAGUUAGUGGUGUUCAUAUUUCUGCUCAGCUCUGGAAGUAUUUUACUGUUUGCAUUAAGAUUAUGCUUCUGUCCUGACCCUGCUCCAACUGAAAUUAUAGAGUCUCUUUUAAUCUUCCUUUGUAUGGUGGGGCAGACAAUAAUGAAGAGGGCAAGCUUUGUCUUGAAGCAGGUAAUAAAUAACCAGCUCCAUCAACUUACAGUUUGGAUCGACUUGUCUGUCUGGAAUUACUGCUAUUUAAUACAUUAUGUUCUUAUGAAAUAAUAAACAAUCUUCAAAAAAAUUAGCGUCUUUUAAAAUCUUAUGUGGUACAUUGUCUUGAAUUUGGAUAUGUUUUUUAUAUAAGAUACCUUUGAGGUGCAGUACAAAUGAAUCUAGAUUUUUACAGAGAAGAGUUUUAGAUUCAAAGUUUAGCAAUCUUAGCAUUGAAGAAAGUCUGUUUGCUUCUGAGGCUACGUGAUUUCUUUUUGAUAAAAUGUAUUUUGAUAUGGUCAUUGGUAAAGUUAAUAUUGUAUUUAAAGAAGAUCUAAAUAAAGGUAUGCAUUGUAACUGUA